AUGGCCGGGGCGAUGCUUCCACCGAAAGCGCCAGCGAAGAAGAGAAGGAGGACGUCCCCAGUUGGAAAGACAGCAUCAACUACUCACGUGGUCUUUCUCGUCGACAACUCUGGGAGCAUGGAGUGCGAGAACAGAAUCCAGAUGGUGUUUGAUGCGGUGCAGAAUCUCCUGCAAGCAAUCUUGGGAAUGGAUGGAAUCGUUUGUUCUCUGGUGACCUUUGACGACACCUUCAAGGUGUGCUUUGAGAGGCGGGAAGUGGACCAGCGUCUGCAAGAAUUGGUGCGGGAAGUCUGCAAGGCGACUCGACCGAAGGGCACCGGGCGAUACCUGCAAGCCCUCGCAGCCUUCCGAAGCUUGGUAUCCGGCGGAAUGACGAUUGGCAUCCUUCUGAGCGAUGGUGAACCUACCGAAGUGAUUUGGGAGCACCGUCCCACAGCCUGUAUUGAAAAUGUUAUGCGGGCAAUCCGUCAGGAAUUUGGCAACAUGUGUAUUUUGCACACGGUUGGCUUCGGUGAUUUUGGCAUGUCGAUGCUGCAGAGCUUGGCACUCCUUGGUGGCGGCACAUUUCAUGAUUGUCAAGUCGUUCAUGAACAGUUGCAGUCCAUAUUCGGCCAGCUAGGUACUUCGGUGUCUACUCUUCACGGCUCACUGCUCGGCUUUGGCGAGGAGGCCCUGACCCGCGUUCCUGCAAAGGACCUAGAGCCACCCGACGCAUGGCGAGGGAGCGCAUCCGAGCUCCGAAGCCGCGCUCGGCCGUGCUGGGCCUGGCUGAUGAUACAGAGAGGGGAGGAGGAACUGCGUGCGUGUGGAGACGCCCGCCUCGUGUAUCUGCAUCACCAGCCAUUUGCACAGGGGGCGCUUCGAUAUGCCUUUCAUGCCCGGAGUGCACACUGGUACUCUGAAGAUGCGGUGUCCGGCUCUAGAUUUCAUUUAGUCGUGAAGGAAAGCAAGUUUGUCGCAAAGCACAGGGCCGAGGAUGUGCACAAGUUCUUUCUGCAAAACCAUCGUCGGGCGCAGGAAUUUGCCAAAGCUUUCAAUGCUGCCAUCGACAAAGUCAAGGAGUCGGAGUGUUCCAAGGUGAGGUUUGUUCCAGCUUAUGUCCUCAAGAUCAGCGACGAGGCACAAGACUCUGGGUGCCGCUACGUCACAGCCGAACGCUACAUCCCAGGCAGCUACGUCAAGUUGAAUGGCAAUGAUGGCUUUGUUGGCUCUCAGAGCGGCCAGGCUGCAGAGGUUGCUGCCGCAUUCAGCCACUUCACUUUUCAAGACUCCGGAGGUCAGGAGCUGUGCGUUGAUAUUCAGGGAGUUGGAACGACUUGGACCGAUCCGCAGAUUCACAGUUUGCAGAAGCAGUUCGGUAUUGCUGACUUGGGCCGCCGUGGUAUGGACAUGUUCUUUAUGUCUCACAGAUGUGGUGUCCUUUGCCAGAAGCUGCUUCUUUCCACGCCUGGUAUUUUGCAUGGAGAUGAAGAUCGACCAUCACGGCAGCCUUGCGUGGUCUGUUUGGAUGGCCCUCGUCGGAUGUUAUGCCAGCCUUGCCGGCACCUGUGUCUGUGCGAGGCUUGCGCUGUGGGCUUGCACAGGUGCCCGAUCUGCAGGGAUCCCACCACCUCUAUCGUUUGGGUUGCUGACGAGCAGUCUGGGGUGUCGUCGACAUAUGUACGCGAAUCCGAGCUAGAUCGGAUGCGGCAGGUGGUGCAUUGA